AAGAGACUUGUACCAAGGUACCAAGGGUCGACGGACGACAAUUGGACGGACAGCUGGACGGACAGACGGACAGACUUGGAAGUCGCGACUCUCUGCUGCCCAGCCGGCACAGAGCUCCCGCAGCUUGCCUGAUGACCUUCCCGAGCUGCCCUGGAGCUACCUGGGUACUGUGUAGAGCUGGUGUCGUCCUUCCUUCCCAGCCACCCGAGCCAGCAACUCUUGACCUCACCUCGCAACCUUUUUUCUCCCUCCCCCACCACCCUGUUUUCUGCCCGAGGUUUUAUCCGUCGACCCGACACGACUCGAUACGACUCAACUCGGCUCGACUUGGGUUUAUUCUGCCCGUUAGACGACUCGACCUCAAUGUGCUGCUGCUGCUGCUGCCCGUAGCUCGUUGCACCUCCACCUUCGCUCGCUUGUCGCCUGCCUGGCUGUCUUGACUCGUCUUUUGCCUCGUCUCGUCUUGUCUAGACUGUCUAUUACAUACAUACACUCAUACAUACAACACACGACACAUACUCGACACACACAUGAGAUCGACUUUGGCAUCGACGGCACCGCCAGCGACCUGAUGCCCCCCGUCCGCGCCCCGUACGUCCUGCACAAGUCCUCCUCCGUCUCCUCCGGCAGCAGCACCGCCAGCUCCCCCGCCCGCGACCGCGACAACGGCCCCGUCGCCUACCCAAACUACUACGACUACACCGACCCCGAGCCCCACCUCCUCCUCGACCACUCCUCCACCUCUCCCAAGCGCGACCGCGACCGCGACCGCGACAUGGCCAACAUGGCCAUGCAGGUGCCCAUCCAGCAGCAGCAGGGCCAGGGCAGGCUGGUCGACAACCAACGCAACAGCAGCGCCAACAACGGCCCCGUCACCACCCAGCAGAUGGCCCACGCCGCCCGCAACAACCCCGCCGCCCCCCGCGGCUCCAGGCCCCCCAGCUACAGCGGCGACGCCAACCCCCCGCUGAACAAGGUCGACAUCGACGCUGCGCGCUACAGGCAGACCCAGCAGCGCCGCUCACAACAGCAGCAGCAGCAGCAGGUGACCAAGGACGGGCGGCCGCCCACCAACGGCAGCAACAGGGCGCCCUCUUCUGGCGGCGGCGGUGGCAUGAUGGGCGGGCGACCCAUCAGCCCCGAAUCCCCACUGCUCUCCCCGGCCGCACACAUCCAGCGCCUCCCCACCCCGAGCAUCACUUCCAGCGUCCUGCAGCCCCUCGACGCAAAGGUCACCGAGUACGGCGCCCUCAUGGCCGAGGCCCAGGCCGACAUGGCCGCCCUGGACGAGGAGAUGCGACAGCUGCAGGACAGGCAGCGCGAGGCAGAGGCCCGCUUCCUCGACGCAAAGUCAAAGCACGACGACUACCGCCGCCAGUACCACGACGUCGAGAGGGCACUCCGCGGCGACUUCUCCACCAACGGCAACGGCGUGCCGCCCAUGCCGAGCCUGAGCCGCCACGACAUGAUGGACGGUGGGCCGCGGGGGGGCAUGCACCAGGGCGGAGGACCAGGGGGCCCCAUGGGGGGCCAGCCGCCGGCCAUGAGGAGCCAGCGCACCGUGAGUGCCCAUAGCGAACAGCCCAGCAUGAUGAGCCAGGAAUCGGUGCGCACCCAGAAGAGGGGGCGCUUCAGUCGCAUAUUCGGGGUGUAGGACCACCACCAUCAUGCAGACUGGGGCCCGUGGGGGUGGGGGUGGUGGUGGUGGUGCUACUACUACUGCUGCUGCUGCUGCCCUUGUGCGUCGUGGGUGCCAGAUGAUGACCGUGUCGACGACGACGAACCCUUACGACGGUGGGGAGGAUGACCGGCCUGUGGUGGUGUGGUCCUUUUGAUGAUUUGAUUGAUUGACUGAUUGAUGCCUGCAUUGGUGCUUUUGAAUUCUUGAUGACGAAACGCAUAAAACGAAACCACUCAGAUCUUGUCGGGGCGCUGGGGCUAAUGAUGAUGACUGUCGAACAGGUCUCCUGGGCAUAAUGGAAUCUCCGGGGGGGCCUCGUGUAUGGUGGUGGCUAGUCCAUGGGUAAUGAGAUGAACAGAUGAAGCUGGACGGACAUGUGAGGGAAGGGACACCCGCCACCAACACCCACACACGAUCAUGCGAUUUCAUCCACAGAGGCGGCGUUUUCAUGGUUCGGCUGAAGAUAUAAGGAUGGGACCCUUCUUUGUCUAUUUCUCUCUGGACAUAACACAUCAUCAUUCAUCACACGGUCACCAAACAGACACUCUUCUACGAAUUGUCAAUAAUACGCCGGUUCCAUUCCUCAUCUUUGGUCCGAAUAAAGCUGAAGAGCAGGGAGGCCCCGAGCUGGGGGAGGCAGGAGGCAACAGGUAUCAACCUUCGACCUGCUUUUCGCCUCGAGGUAAUUACAUGGAUAUAUGACAAUUAAGGCGUCGCCAGGAAAAAGAAAAAAGGAAAAGAGAUCUAGUGUGACUGACUUGGCUGGCCCUCUUUCUGGAUGGGAUGUUUUCUGUUCAGAAGGCACCGAAUUUCGACUCUUAACGCCUCGCUCCCUUGAUAUCUGCUGACCGAGUAAAAGGAAAUGCAGGACACGAUGACCAUCAACGGCCUUUCUUCUGCCUGUCCGCCCGGCAUGCCCUAUCCGACCGGGACAGCUCUCCUUCUUCAACCCCGUUGACCCACCCACGGGCUGCGUGCAUGCGCAGGUGUGCUCACAGCAUGCCCCCGUAUCCGCCCGUCGCCGUUACGGGAUGCAUGUACCUUGGCGCCUCGGCCACAGAGGGCUUCCGCCUGUGCUGUGGUGACUGCUGGCGCGCGUGGUUCUGCGGAUAUCCGUACUGCUGCUGUUGGUACUGCUGUUGGUACUGCUGGGGGUACUGCUGUGAGUACUGCUGCGGUGCAUAUGGCCGCUGGUUCUGCUGCUGCUGCUGGUAGUGCUGCUGCUUCUGCUGCCUCUGCUGCUGCUGUUGGUUCAGCGGCACGAUCAGCUCCAUGCCCUCGACGACGUUGCGGGCCUGCGCCCCGUACGUGUCGAUGAAGGCGCCCGUGCUGUACUUUGAGCUCGACCGGUGGUGGUUGUUGUUAUUGUUGUUGUUGGUGUAGUAGCUGUCAAAGUUGCUGUUGUAUGUGUUGAUGUUGUUGGACAUGUUGGACCCCCUCUGGCUGGACUCCUCCUCCAGCGGGGUGAGCCUCUUGCCGUUGGUGCUGGGCUUGAGCGUGUCACCAAGCCCGCCGUUGGUGGUGUUAUUGUUGAUACUGUUGUUGCUGUUGUUGUCCCCAGGCGAAUACGGCCCGUGGCUGUUGGGGCUGUACACGGGCGACUGCUGUAUCAGGUUGUCGGUGGACGCCUCGUGCGCCAGGCCCCUGCUGCUGCCGCCCGGGUUCGUGGCGUUGUCCCCGCCGCCCUUGAGGAUGGACGAGCUGUCGGUCCAGAAGGACUGGUUGGACGUCGGGCGGGGCGGCCUCGGGGGAGCCGUCGUGGCCACGGUGGCGAUGCUGCCGGCGCCGGCCGUCUGCUGCCUGAAGAUGGGCGGCGGCGCCCCGACGGUCAUGGGGCUCGCCCUGCUGUCGUCGGUGCGCACGAUGCGGAUCCUGUCGCGGCCGUCGCGCGAGAAGAGCUUCUGGUGGCCCCUGCUGCUGCCGGACCGCGACGGCCGCAGCAGCCGCAGCGUCGGGAUCGAGGCUAUCAUGAUGGUGAUGUUGGGCUCCAUCGAGGACCAGAGGAGCACGUCGAGGUUGGCCUGCUGGAAGUUGGCGUCGGUGAGCUGGAAGAUCUGGGCUGCUGCCACGGAGGAUGUUGCGCUUGCCCUGUGAGUGUAUGGUUCUGCUGUCAGUCGUCUGCUAUGAUCUUUUUAUAUCAUGUAUAUAUGCAUGCCCUUCCAUGGCCCCCGGGGCCCUUUCUUUGUCUUCAAUCCGAUCCGCUCCAUGGGCAGCAAA